AUGUCUACUUGUCCAUGUCCUACCACUUUGACUGUGAUGAUGUUGCCUUGCACCACCCGGCUAAAAGAGAAAGAGCAAUCCCAAGAAGAGAGGAGCACACGGAGAAGUUCCUGCAGUACCAGAACAAGCGGGGAGAACAUCCUGCUGAAGGACAUCAAGAAGCCAGAGAAGAAUGAGUGGGGAAGCAGUCUGGGUGCCCUGCAGUCUGCCCUGGAGCUGGAGAAGGUGGUGAACCAGGCCUUGCAGGAUCUGCACAAGCUUGCAACAGAGAAGGGAGACCCUCAUCUGUGUGACUUCCUGGAGACGGAAUACCUGGAAGAGCAGGUGAAGGCCAUCAAGCUGCUUGGAGACCACCUCACGAACCUAAGACGCCUGGUGGUACCCCAGAAUGGCACGGGAGAUUACCUCUUUAACAAGCUCACCUUGGGAGAGAGCAGCUGUGCAGCAUCUUAA